GGCUCGGGACGGGGACAGGAGCUGUGCAUGCGCGAGCCGGGAACCAGGGCUACAGCCCGUAACCUAAUACCGCGAACCCACGGCGUCACGUGAGGGGGAGGAGUCUCACACUGUAGUCCAGUCCACCCUCCCUGAUCACGUGAGGAGGGGUCGCCACCCCCUCCUUUGCGGCACGUGAGGCGGGCGCCCCGCGCGGCCGGAAGUGGCGUAGGGCGGGCCGGGAGGCGCGCUCCGUUGCUGGGCUCCGCGGAGGCGCCGGGCGGCUUCCGCCUCCCUGGGCCAUGCUCCCGCCCUGAGCAUGGGCGCCAGCGGCUCCAAGGCCCGCGGCCUCUGGCCCUUCGCCUCCCCCGGGCCGGGCGGCGCCGCGGGACCCGGCGGGGAGCAGGCCCUGGCUCGGGCGCGCGGCUGCCGCAGCGCGACCCCAUUCGUCUUCACCCGCCGCGGCUCCAUGUAUUAUGAUGAGGAUGGGGAUCUCGCCCAUGAAUUCUAUGAGGAGACAAUUGUCACCAAGAAUGGGAGAAAGCGCGCCAAACUGAAAAGGAUCCACAAGAACCUGAUACCUCAGUUUUUGUCAUCCUUGCACUAGGCCUUUGUUCUUCGCUAGCACCGUAUAGUUCUGGCCCUCCAGAAGCCUUGCAAACACAAAUGAACCAGUUCAAUUCCAAGAAUAUUGUCACCGUACUGCAGGUGGAGAAAUGUAAGCACGAAGAGAAGUCAUUUCACCCUUUCAUAUUCUAAACAUUUUACCACAUUCCCAGCCUCUUGUAAGUCUAGUGGGGAUUGCUCUGGUUCAGUCUAGUUCUGAUCCCUCUGUGAAAUCAGAGCAUAAAACCCACUAGCACACACAUCCUUUGCCUAUAGACCCUGAAGCUACUUUGCUUUCUGAUGUGUUUGUAGUGGAAGAAUAUUCACACCAGAGCACAUUAAAUGCCUAAGGCUUAGAGUUCUGCUUUAGUUGAUACAGAUGGUUGUUACAUUCCCAGUAUCACUCCUUGGCCAGAAAGCUUGCUUGUGCACAAGUGUCUUUGAUCUUUUCUUCUUUUUGGUCACUUAGAGGCCUUUCCUUUCCAGUCUUUUAAAUGACCUUUUAAAUUUAAGGUGCCAGACUAACAGCCCUGGAAGCUGGUGACCACCUAGUCAUGGAUCAGGUGGAACGUGGGCAGUGACAGGCCGAACUGCUUCCCCCCACUCUCAUGCCAUUGUCGUUCAGACCUGUCGUGCUCAGCAUCGUAAGAUCUGAGCACCUUAGUCUUACUUUUAGGGGCUAGUUCGAGCAGUGCAUCCAGUCUGUUUUGCCUGCCUGGUGCUCAGAGUGUCAACCAACAGCUCAAUUGUGAUGGUUUAAUAAACUCUUGUCCAUUAAGAACUGGACUGGGACAUAAGCUCUAUUGUCUGUCUCCAUCUGCAGUGACUUGCAGAGCAUGGGUCCUUUGUUUGCAGGCCUUUUCUUAGGACUCUGCUCUGGCCAGUGUCUCCCCUGCCUCACUACCCUCCUUGCUC